AUGACAGAUAACACGAAAAAGUCAUCCUAUCAUCCUUAUGGUAACAGACCCAACAACAACAACAAGAGAGACAAUGAAAGAGAAAGAGAAAGAGAUGAUGAAUCUUCUUCACGUGGAGUAAACAAUAAUAACAAUAACAAUAACAAUAGCAACAAGGGAUGGAUGGGCAAGGUCUCAAGUAUUGUCAUGAAACCUUUAUAUUGGUUGUUCAAAGACUAUGAAGAGUAUGAAUCGACGGGUAACAUCACCUCUUCCGAUCCAUUAUCAUCAUCUGCCAUUUAUAUUUCUCCUGCCAGAGAUAAACGAUCACAACAACAACCAUCAAAACAACAACAACAACAAGAUGAAAAUAAUAAUAAUACUGAUUCAGAUUACGAUAGAUCGAUUGCAAAUGUUAAGUCAAACGCAGAUCUAAGGGUUGAUCCAAAUGCUUUUAAAUUUGAAAUCAACAAUGAUUACAAUCUUCAAAAGGAACAACAAAAGAAACAACAUCAACAACACAUGAAACAACAGCAACAACAACAACAAAAUAGAUUGACACAGCAAUCGGCUUCACUGAUCAAUUCAAGUUAUUUAAUGAAUGGAACCAACAAAUCACCUGUUAUCAAUGGUACUAAUAAUAUUAGAUCUUCUCAACUACAACAACAACAACAACAAAGAUCGUCGACAGCACCAAAACCAUCAUCACCUACAUCAAGUAUUUACAAUAGCAGUUUGUAUAGAGGAUCAUCCAGCAAUCUCUAUGACUCUACAUCACCCAAUAGUUCAUUUGUUUCACCCAAGACAUCAACCUCCUCGGCAUUGAACGAGAGCUUGCUCAACUCUUCAAACAAUUUGUUCAAGCUUGGAAAACGCCAUGUUAGAGAGCAAUAUGACUCUCCUCAAAAGCAGCAGCAGCAAUCACCUUCGUCUAUUGACGAUGCUAUGGACCAUUUCUAUAGAAAGAGACUUAGUGCUGCCUAUGGCGAUUUGGAUGGUUCAGUAUCCAGCAACACCAAUCCAUAUACUAGCAGCAACAAUAACAGAUCAAGAUAUCAACAAGAGGACAUGCAACCACUCAAGAAAAAGGCAACCUAUCAACCAUUAACUGAUUCCUCCAUUUAUGGUGGUGGUAGCAGCAGUAGCAAAUUCAAUUCUGGAUAUGACUCUUCGAUGAUUAAUCCAUCGAUUAUUGCAUCGACAAGUGAAGCUGCCAAACGAAUUUUAAUGCAUCUCGAUUCAUUUUCUAGCCCAGUCCUAAGUACAAGCAGCACUUAUUCCUCUUCCUACUCUAUUCCAAAGAAUGAUCCACUUGCAUCUUCUGCUUUAUUCAAGUCGAAAAUCUCUCAAUAUGUACCAAGUAGAAAAUACAAUCCUUAUGGAGUAUCUUCAAAAUUAUUUGAAAAGAAACCAAAAAGUGAAAAGGAACAAGAACAAGAUAAAAAUAGUAUUCCAACAAGUUCAAUUCCAUAUUCAUCAGUGUCACAAUACAGAAAACCAACACCAUCAUCAACCACUAAAAAGGCAGUGUCAUUUGAUGCUUCCAUUGUUUUGGAAGAACCAACAACAUCAACAACAACAACACAAAACAAGGGAACUUCUAUUUUAUUGGCAAAUGGUACAUCAUCAUCGGCAGACAAGGAAAGACCAAUUGAUACAUCAUUUAAUCCAUUCAAACUUGUAUCAAAGGAACAAUCUUCAUCCUCUGCACCAUCUCCAACCAUUUCAUCUACCAACUUUAUGAUGAAUGGAGACAAGUCAUCCAAGGUUGAUGAUUUAUCAAAGACUAUCGUUGCCCCACCAUCGCUAUUUGGUGAUUCAACCAACAGCAGCACGAUAAAGUCAUCGUCACUUAAAAGUACAAAGGCAAGUGACUCUAAGAAAUCAUCAAAUCCAUAUGAUAACAAAAAGAGAAAUAAGCGUGAAGAUGAUGAGGAACCAGAGGAAUUCAUUGCCCAAUCCAUCCCUCAACUUGAUAGUAUCAAGGUACCAGCCUUUACAGUUGGUUCGUCAUUAUUUGGUGGAAAUACAACAGUUGUUGGUGCUUCUUCAUUGACUACCCCUGCAUUACCUUCAUUGUUUGGUGGAGCUUCGUCAUCCUCGUCGUUGACCACUACUCCAUCAACAUCCUCAUUGUUUGGUAAUCUAUCAUCUGACAAGGAAAUAGAAAAACCAUCUCUAUCGUCACCGCUAUUUAGUAAUCUAGGUUCUGACAACAAGGAAAAGGAAAAGGAAAAGGAAAAACCACUUACCGUAUCUACUUUGUUUGGAGGUGCACAACCAGCAACAGCAGCAUCAUCGUCAUCAACUGCUUCCUCAACCACUUCAUCGUUAUUUGGAACUGGCACCCCUUUGUUUGGUACAACUACAUCAUCUGCUGCUCCUUCAGCAUUGGGUUCUGCCAUUUCAAACUUUGGUAAGGAAGAAAAAGAAAAGGAAAAAGAAAAGGAAAAGGAAAAAGAAAAAGAAAAGGAAAAAGAAAAGGAAUCUACAUCUACUCCUGCCCCUGCAUUACCAUCACUUUUUGGAAAUACUGGAGGAUUAUUUGGUGCAUCUAAAUUAAAUUUACCAGCUGGUACAGUGACUAGUCUUUCUUCAUUGCCAAUUUCGACUACUCCUGCCCCUGCUGUUCAAGCAAAAGUAUCGGAAAAGAUUAAAAAUGCUCCACCAAGUGUCGGUCUCUUUGCAAGUAUUGCUGCAUCCAAACAUGAAGAGGGAGAUGGAGAUCAAGACGACGACGGAUCCGAUCUUUCCGAACACAGUUAUGGUGAAGAAGAAGAUUUCUACGUCCCACCCUCUGAUGAAGAAGAUGAAGUAGAAGAAAAAGAAAAGGAAGCUCCUCCAAUGUUGUUUGGAGGAUUGGGUGCUUUCCCAUCAACAUCUACCUCUGGAUUGUUUGGCUCAACCCCACCUCUUUUCGGUACCAUCCCAGUUGCUGGCAAAGAUAAGCAAUCCCCAUUAUUUGGAAAUACUACAGUAUCUCUAUUUGGACCCAAGCCAGAUGAUAAAAAGGAUGACAAACCAGCAGCUACAACACCAUCAUCAUCAUUGUUUGGAGGUGCUACAGGAACAUCUCUGUCUGGAGCAAAACCAGCCGAUGAAAAGAAGGAUGACAAGCCAAGUUUAACAUCACCAUUGUUUGGAAAUACUGCAGGAACAUCUAUAUUUGGAGCAAAACCAGCCGAUGAAAAGAAGGAUGACAAGCCAACUGCAUCAUUAUUCGGUGGUGCUACCUCCUCGCUGUUUGGAGGAUCAAACUCCCCACCAAUGGAGGAAAAGAAGGAUGACAAGCCAACUACAUCAUUGUUUGGUGGUGCUACUUCUACCCCGCUGCUUGGUGCACAACCUGCAGCAGCAGGUGCUGCCGAUGACAAAAAGGAUGACAAGCCAAUAACGUUUGGAAAUGGAGCUACACCAUUAUUUGGAGGUUCAUCAUCCUCUAGUACCACUUUAUUCCCAUUUGGUGGAUCCUCUUUAUCAUCAUCAACUUCCUUGACCUCCUCUGCCCCAACAAGUGGAUGGAGUUGUGCAUGUUGUGAGACUGUCAACAAAGAAACAGAUAAAUCUUGUUCUAUUUGUAUGGUACCUAGACCAAAGGAAUCUGCUGCUAAACCAGCCGCUGCUGCCUCUGCCUCUGCUACAACACCAUCAUUAUUUGGUGGUGCUACAUCGAACUCGCUGUUUGGUACACAACCAGCAGCUGCCGAUGACAAAAAGGACGCCAAACCAAUAAUGUUUGGUAGUGCAUCCAAUACAUCAUUUUUCAACAAAUCAGAUGAUGAAAAGAAAGACGACAAACCAAUAAUGUUUGGUUCGACAUCAGCCACCUCAUUAUUUGGAACAACAACUGCCACAGAAGAAAGUAAAGAUAAACCAUUAUUUGGAAAUGGAGCUACACCAUUAUUUGGAGGUUCAUCAUCAUCAUCUAGCACCACUUCAUUCCCAUUUGGUGGAUCCUCUUUAUCAUCAUCAACUUCCUUGACCUCCUCUGCCCCAACAAGUGGAUGGAAGUGUGCAUGUUGUGAGACUGCCAACAAAGAAACAGAUAAAUCUUGUUCUAUUUGUAUGGUACCUAGACCAAAAACCUCUACUAGUACUCCAUCUAGUACAUCCCCUACCACUGGAAUGUUUGGUGCACUCUCUUCAUCAUCAUCAGCAACAACUACCACACCAUCAUUAUUUGGUGGUUCAUCAUUAUCAACAACUGCUACACCAUCUAGUUCAUCCCCUACCACUGGAAUGUUUGGUGCACUCUCAUCAUCAUCAUCGGCGCCAGCAACAACAACCACACCAUCAUUAUUUGGUGGAUCUUCAUUGCCUACUUCUAGUGAAUCUAAACCAUCAUUAUUUGGUGGAUCAUCAAGUGGUUUGGAUAAAACAACUUCACCAACUAUUUCAAUGUUUGGAGCAUCUUCAUCCCCUCCAGCAACAAACACAACACCUCCUAUUGCAUCUCCAUUUGGAUUGGGACCUCAACAAACCAUUUCUCCGUCCAACUCUUUUAGUUUAAAUCAACCAUUUGGAUCAUCAAGCACCCCAUCAACAUCUGCAGUCCCAUCAAACCCAUUUGGCACUGCUAGCACAAUCAACCCAUUCGGAACAUCCUCGACAACAUCAUUAACAACACCAUCAUCAUCAUCAUCAUCAGGCACACUAUCCUCACUUUUUUCAUUUGGUGGAUCAUCAGCAGCAGCUGGAGCACCAACAUCAACAUCGACAUCCAAUCCAUUUGGCGCUUCUUCAAUGUCCUCUGCCAUCCCAUCGACCAGCAAUCCAUUUGCUUCUUCUUCUUUUGGACAAUCUACCAGCACACCAACCACAUCAUCGCCACCCAAUUUAUUCGGAUCUGCUCCCAACACCCCUGCACCAUUUGGAGCUCAACCACAAACAACAUCACUCAUGUCAUCGGCAUCCUCCACCAACCCAUUUGGCUCUGUAUCAUCAUUUGGUUUAUCUAGCGCACCAACCACCGCUCCUCCUGCCCAAAUGCAACCAUUUGGUCAAUCACAAGCCCCAUUUGGAGCAACACCAUCUGCUAUCAAUCCAUUUGGUCAAUCACAAGCCCCAUUUGGAGCAGCACCAUCUGCUACCAAUCCAUUUGCCACCGCCAGUUCACUUGGAUCGUCACAAUCGACCAUGAAUUCAUUUGGAGCUGCGCCCUCUAAUCCAUUUGGAGCACCAUCUGCUACUAAUCCAUUUGCUGGUGCCAGUUCACUUGGACAGUCUCAGCCUUCCGGACAACCCUUUGCCUUUGGUGGAGGUUUGCAAGGAGGAGCACAAGCCCCUCCAACCCCAAAUAUGUUUGGUGGAGGUUCUGGAUUUUCUUUGGGUAAAAAACCAGCCAAGGAUUCUUCAAGAUGGAUCUUGACAAUUCAAUAG